AUGGCAUAUUCCAAAGGGAUGAAGACCAGAAGCGAGGCUCGACGGGAGGCCAUGACCCGUGUUUUGGAGAACAUGACGCCGAAGGUGCUUGUCGUCGACGAGAUUGGCACGAAGGGGGAAGCGCAGGCUGCUCGGACCAUUGGAGAACGAGGUGUUCAGCUGGUGGCCACCGCACAUGGCCACAACCUCUCUGACUUGCUUUCGAACACGGACCUCCGCGAUUUGGCUGGUGGCAUCAUGACGUCUACUGUGGGUGAUGCAAACGAACGCUACAAGGCUUCCGGGCGAAAGACAGUGUCCGAAAGGUCCUGUCGACCUGUGUUCUAUACAUUGAUUGAGAUCCGGAGCCCGAUCUCAGUCGCAAUACACACAGACCUCGCCCGAUCCGUGGAUGUCGCGUUGAUGGGCCAGUCCCUCACAGUUCAAGUUCGUUCGCGGGAUGAAGAGGGACAGAUGUGGGUGGAGUGGCAAAAGAUGUGA